UGUUUCCUGAUUUUGUGUGUGUGUGUGUUGUGUUUUUUCCCUCCCCGCGUAUCUUACCAACGCCGACAGUUUGUCGAUGUGUCCUGGGAUCGUAAAAUAAUGAAACCUAGCUUAUGCUAUACCUACUGCACGCUGUUACUGGUAUCGCUUGUUUCCAGUUGCACGCUGUUCAUCAUAGUUGCUUCAGAAACACUGAAACCAACUGCAGACGAUCAGCUGCAGCAGCACGGUGCCGGAUCACAUGAAGCAGUAAAUGGUAACCACCAGUCACAACCGUCCUUCGCUGCUGAUUCUCACACAAACCGGGUAGACAAAGGAUCGAAUGCGUUCCCUCACAAGCGGGUCAUUUCCAGUGGAAUCGAAUCAUCUCCAGGGCGUGUACGGACUAAAGUGAGUUCACAAGAUGGAUUCGACCGGAAAGAUCCACAAGGGAAGAAUGCCCAGACUGGUAUGCGACCACUUAAAAGGCCAUCCCAGGGCAAAUCGAGUAGGAACACGCCCAAGAAAGAUAUUCUGACGGAAAAGCCAAACCAACUGCAGCAGCAGGAUGAACCACCGGAUCUUAAGGAUGUGAUCUUUUUGGAUACCAUUUCCAAAAAUGUUGGAGUCACCAAUAGUGGGUUACAAGACAUUCCAGGACCACCAUCGAUAAUAACGCUGGUGGACAAUCAGCAUCAUGAGCUGAACAAUAUCGAAAGCAAGUUGGAGGAGAAUUUGGAGGCAACACUGAAAAAUUUAUCGCACAACAAUGUACAUACCGUGCAAACAACCGUUCCGUUGCACGAUGAAGUCGAUUCUCAGCAGUUGGUUGGUGCUUCAAUCAGAACCCUGGAAGAGCAAAGUAAUGGUACGAUCGAAGCACAGGAACUCACCACCAUACCGCCAAAAGCGAACGAGCCGCCGUUGUUGGCAAUGAUACCCACUAAGGAUCCGGACGAUGCGGCGACAGGAUCUAUCCCACCGUCUGGUGAUUCUUCUUCGGUACAAGAAGCAACGGACGAUGCUAAGCUAGCUGCUGAUGCUGGCACUGCUGCUGUUCUACCACCGAAACAGCUCGAAGUGAACCUAACCGAAGAGAAUCCAAUGCCCGUGUUUAGCGAGUGGGCCCAGAAACAAAUGGCCGAGGCGGAAAAAAAGUUAGGCGAGGUGGUGAAUGCGUCCGCCAUGAAAAAGGGUAUUAAACCAGCUGGUAGUAAAUCGGGUGGUGGCGCUAUGAAGCUACGUGCGAAAAAUUAUGCCGCACCGGAGUGUGGGGCAAAGAUUAUAGCUUCGAACCCAGAGGCGCAAAGUACGGGUUCUGUGCUUACCGCACCCAAGGAUGAGUAUCUAUUGAAUCCCUGCACCAGCAAGAUUUGGUUCGUGGUGGAACUGUGCGAACCGGUACAGGCGGAACGGAUUGAGGUUGCCAAUUUUGAACUGUUCUCAUCGUCACCGAAAGAGUUCACCGUGUCGGUUAGUAAUCGCUUUCCGACGCGCGAUUGGGCCAAUGUAGGCCAGUUCACGGCGAAAGAUGAACGGGAUGUGCAAAGCUUUCAGUUGCAUCCCCAUCUGUUUGGCAAGUUCGUACGAGUCGAGAUACUAUCGCAUUAUAAUCAGGAACAUUUCUGUCCGGUGUCAUUGUUUCGCGUGUACGGCACGUCCGAGUUUGAAGCGUUCGAAACAGACAACACACCGCUGCUGCCGGACGAUGAUGACGACGACGAUGAGAUUGUGUUGGGUAAUGGAGUGGGAAGUAAGGUGCUGAUACAGCCUGGUGAAGCAGGUGUUACUGAAGGCGGAGCAGUCCUUGAUGAAGAAAAUGCAUCAACACCCCAAGGUGGAUAUCAGCACGAAGAAGGAUCGCUGGAAAAACUGGGAAACGAUGCGCUGGUUGGACGAAGAGGAGGAAAAAAUCCAAACAACAUUCUAAAAUCUGCCGGCGAGGUAGUAAUGAAUAUGGUUAAGAAAGCUGCCGAAGCACUCGGAAAAAGUGGAAACGAUAGUAACGACUCGUCGAUCGGCGGCGUCACAACCGAAAGGACACCAUCGGGAGGAAGUAUUUCGGUUACGACUGUUCCGACGAGCCUGCCAGUAGCAUCAGCGUCAUCUUGCGUUACACUAGCUUAUACAAUACGUUGCGUUAAUUGCACCGACCAUUUUCGGGCUCGGCUCGAGUCUUUGAUGAAUUGCAAACACAAUCUUCUCACUAGUCUACUAGAAGUGGCGCGAAUCGAGCGAUCGUUCGAUUCCGCCCAGCAUUUUCUAUGUGCCAACGUGUUAGGGUUUAACUUACCACGAUCGAUACAGGGCGAGGGCCUGGGAACCGGCGAGAUGUCUCCCACUGCUUGUAUGAAUAUGCGCUACAGUGUGCUUAAUCUGUUGCCGGACGAGCUGGUGGCCGGGCUUUGCAAUUUGGUGGCGUUCGAUCUGAAUCUUAUAUUGAAGUCACAUCGCAAUAGUAUGCAAGGGAUGGAAAUGGUAGAAGGAAGUGAGGACCAGGUGCAAGAAAAUGAUAAAAAUUCAUUCGAACAUACGCGGGGUAUUGAUGUAACCAAGAAUAUACCAACACAACAACAUGAGGAGCACACGUCUACAUCGGGUAAAUUAGUCAAAGAUAUUAAUCAUAUACCAAAAACUGUUGAAAACGGAAACAAACCUGACCAACAAGGGCAAGAUAUUGCAAAUGAAGAGAAAGAAGCUGUGACUCCCGGUGAAGAGGAACGUGAUCAGGCUUUGUCGGAAAAUUCGUCCCAAGAGGAUGUGAACAUGUUCAACAUUGCUACUGAACCGUCGGUCUCUACUACGCCGGAACCAUCUCGAGAAGAAACGUCUCACACUAUGGAUGGAUCUAAGGAUCAGGAACAAUAUCAGCAUCAGCACCAUCAAGAACAUCGAGAAAAGGAAGACUUUGCCAACAAUCAUCAUUGGGAAACGUUGGACGAUGGUAUAUUGGGUGUUGGCGGACACCAUCCUUCGGAAAUCACCGGAACAGGCCCUUCAGGUAAUGGAGGUUUUACGACAGGGCCUGCCGCUAUUACUGCUCCUUCGGGAAUGGGAACCGGGCAACAAAAAGUGCAACCAGAGAGCGUGUUCCUACGAUUAUCCAACAGAAUUAAGGCACUUGAACGAAAUAUGAGCCUUUCGGGACAGUAUCUGGAGGAGUUGAGUCGCCGCUACCGUAAGCAGGUGGAAGAAUUGCAGCAUUCUUACGCCAAAACAUUACACGAGAUCCAGGAACAGAACCAACGUAUGGCGGAAAGUGAGAUGAAGCUGCGAGAAGUAAACGAACGUUUGCGGCAGGAUCUGGUGGAAUUUCAAGCGACGGCCACGGAUUGGCGUAACAUAGCGCUGGCAGUGCUGGCUUUUAUCGUACUGAUGCUUUUUAUUCUAGUCGCGUUGGUAUGUUCGGUAGCGAAAAGUGUUAGCCGUCUGGCAAAUGGACAUACGGUUGACAAACAGCAGCAACCUGCACCAUUGCCACAGAGCGUUAUUGACCGUGAGCUGGCACAGGUUGGUUCGGAUGUGAAACCGAUUCGUGGUCGAAUGUUGCGAAGAAAAUCAAUCGAUGGUAUGCCGAUGGGUGGGAUUGACGUGACCGGUAGUACGAUCAGUAGCACUUCGGGCAUUAUUAUUGCUACCGCUGAAUCAUCAACGGUGGCCACGAGUAUGUCACCCGCACGGUUACGCAAAAAGCGGCCGAGUGAGGAGGCGCUUAAUAUUAGUGGCACGUACGUAAAUUUGUUGAUCGAUGAUGAGCAGCCCGUAAUUGAACCGGUAGCGUUGGAGAGGAAAAAAUCGAAACAUAAGCACCGUAAAGUGUCUGCACCGUCGAUGAUGGCGGGUAGUGCAACAACGCCUUAUCGUAGCGGUUUUUCGCAUCAUGAACCAGCGAAACGAUCAGUGUCCAUGAUCGAACCGCAGGAGCAGCAACGCUGGAGAAUAACGCCAAUGAAUGGUAGCUCGGAACGUCAGCAAACCCCUGAGAGGGAAAACAGUGGUCGUAUCGAUGAGUUGCCGUAUCUGGAAGAUAAUGAUGAAUUUAUCAUACCCACAGCAAGCGAUUUAUCGUACGAUGAGUAUGUGCCCGGCUCGAACGCUUCCGCGGUGGAGGCUGCACUGACGCCGAACGAUAUGGAAAGGCCCGGAAAUGGAACGCCCAAUAGAAACGGGAGUGUACCGCCACAGUUGCUGGCAAACGGUGGCGAUGCAACAGAUGGAUUGGAACCGAAAGCCAACCUUACCAAAUCGGCACGUCGUCUAUCGUCGCCGGCAUUUUUCAAAAGCUCACUGUUGCGGUCAAGUCUUGGGUCUAAAAAACGUUCGUCUAAAAAAUCUGUCAAUGGUAACAGUAGUAACAACACUAGCAGUAAUAGUAGUAGCAGUAAUAGUUCGAACACGAGCAGUGGCAGUAACAACAGUUCCGCUGUGAAAGAGCUGGGUGCGGGCGAUGCGGGUUUAGGUGAAAGCGUUCGUGCUACACCCCAGGACAGCUGGUACCGUUGGUGGUCAUCGGAGCAGAGCAAAGUGCUUUCCUCCUCUACACCGUCAUCUAGUCAGGAGGUUGGUGCGACACCGGAUGGCAAACAACAGCCCCAACGCCAAAAGAUAGAAAAAGCGAAAUCAGCCAGCCCAUCCGAUGGUGGUUCCAAACAGUUGGAACAGGAACCGGUGAAGCUGUCCGUUUCGUUCAAUGGUGAUCUGCCGUCGAACGGUGUUGCGGCCACCAGUGGAAAUGGUGGUGCGUUGGAACGCAAAUCAAGCCGGGGCAGUAUACGACGAUUGUUCCGGAAGGUGUUCUAAGUGAAGUAAUAGAUAAUUGAAUUAAAAUAGACUGACGCUACUUCUCCAUGCCAUCGAUGGGGGAGUAACUGUGAGAUGGAGAUAUGAUUGUUUUCGACAAAAAUCCCAGAAAGCCACCAACAUUAAACUGACCGAAAGCAUCCCUAUAUGCCAAGCGAUUAACCUAGUAGCAUACUACCGCGUACAGUAGCAUUCUAAGUGGCAAAAUGUUUCCCUUGAACGAUGAAGUCAGUAGAAUGAUGCAAAAGGUUCCUUUCUCUCAACCUGUACAUCCACGGGUCGUCUUACGUUUCGUACUCGUUGUGUAUUCCUGUUUUUGUCUUAUUUAUGUUUUGAUGUCUGUAUAAAUGUACACCCCCAUAGAAAAUGACUGGUGAAAACAUUGCUAAGUUUAAUGUAGGAAUAACCCAAAAUACUGUAAUUGUCAUAUAACUAGCGCUAAGUAGUAAUGUCCGUUUCGGCGGGAUAAAUCUGUCUGUUUCUUACCGUUCUUGCCAUUUAGGAAAUUGUUUAUGUAUUUUUUCGUUUCCUUUAGUGAUUUUGCAAAACAAUGGAUACGUGUCUUGUUCUUUGCCUUUGGUGUGUGCCGGUUCCAAAUUGAUGUUGAAGAUAAUAAUGUAUGUGUUAAAAGCUUAAUUGUAUAACAAAAAUUCCCUAGUUGUUGAUUGAUGCGCGUUGUGAUGUCUGUUGCAUUUCUAUUAAAUUUCUAUAAAAUUCAUUAUUUUUUUCCGAAAUUUUUUUUCGGAUAACCAAAAAGUAGAUUAACUAAUUCGGUAACUAAAGCCUCUGCGCAGAUUUGCAAACAGCUCGAUGUAGAUGUUGGGAUAGUAUAUAGCUUAAGCUUAUGGUUCACCUACUAUGGCGAACACUAAGCACACGAUCGAACUGGUGGACACUCUAGUAACAGGUCAGCGCUGCAAAGCAGUCGUACUGCCUGCAAAAGUAAGAAAAUAAUUCUGUAAGCUUAAAACAAUGCAAAACAACAACUACAAAAAUACAAUGGGCCAUACGAAAAAUAUGAUAACAAAUUGUAGCACGUGCAUGUUAUACGCAAAACGUUCUUAUGUCGUUCGGUUGGAAGCAAACAGUUACAUUGUGUCGCACUAGUUAAACUUUUUUUCGUGAUGCACCACCGUAGGCUUUACAAUGGGACAUUAAAUGUGGCAAAGAGGUUAAAAUAAUGGAACACAAAACUAUUACCCAAAUAGGACAUGAUGCACAUUGUUUGUUCAAUCAAUAGUCAUUGAAACUCGAUGGGCGAGAAACAAGGCUAGAUGAAUCCUAUCGUUGAAACGUUCAUGUAAACACCGGAAUAAAUUAUUUUGUUAUCAAUAGUA